AUGGCCAGUAAGGCAGCACACAAGCGGUUGACCCGCGAAUACAAGACCAUCUCGGAGAACCCGCCCCCUUAUAUCACAGCGCAUCCCUCCGAGUCCAACAUCUUGGAGUGGCACUACAUCAUCACUGGCCCCGAAGACACCCCCUACCACGGCGGCCAGUACUGGGGCACGCUCAUCUUCCCCCCCAACUACCCGUUCGCCCCGCCCGCGAUCCGCAUGCACACGCCCUCGGGACGCUUCCAACCCUCGACCCGGCUCUGCCUCUCCAUAUCAGACUUCCACCCCAAGUCCUUCAACCCUGCCUGGGAAGUGUCCACGAUCCUCAUUGGUCUCCUGUCCUUCAUGACGAGCGACGAAAUGACCACCGGCUCGGUGUCGACGACGCAAUCCGAGAAAAAGUACCUCGCCUCGCGCUCUCGUUGGUGGAACUCGACAGGCGGCGGCUCCCAUGCCAAAGGCACCCCGGUUCAAAAGGGAAACAUCAAGGCCGGCGACGGCGGCGCCAAGUUUCGCGCCGAGUGGCCCGAGCUCGAUGCCGAGAACUGGGAAUGGAUCAAGAAGCACAAGGUUGACGCCGCCACGGGGAACCGGCUCGAUGGCGACAACGGAUCCUCGUGCGGGCCGCAGUUGGGCAUCGCAGGGUCGAGCGGCCAUCAGGCGCAGGCUGUGGUGGACGCCGUCGUCCAGCAGCGAGACGCCGGGCGGGGCUGGAUAUACCGUAACAAGCUUCUGGUGGCCGGGGCCGCGAUAUUCGUCUACGUGCUCAUCGCCAGGCUCAUGAGCGGUGAGGGAAUAGCGUAA